CCACCUUUCGGGUCCAAAACCAUUAUUUCGGAACAAGAAACCAUUAUUUCUGGAUAAGAAACCAACCUUUCGCAAACCAACGUUAUUAUGUAUACUCUCAUCUCUUCAGCAGCUCACGGCUUGGAAAUUCGAGCGGUCAAUCUCGGUGGUUGGCUCGUCACCGAAGGAUGGAUCAAACCAUCUGUUCGAUUCAAUACCCAACAAAGAUUUCCUUGUAAUCUCUCUUUCUCUCUCUAUAUCGCCGAUUUUCAGAGAUGGGAGGGAGUACGCCGGUAAACUCCCGAACAGUAGUAGAAGACGUUUUCGUAGACUACAAAGGACGAAGAGCCGGUCUGAUUAAAGCUCUCACCGCCGAUGUUGAAGAAUUUGUCCGUAUGUCUGUCUGUCUGUGUAACCCUGAUAAGGAAAAUCUUUGUCUUUAUGGACUUCCUAAUGAGCAAUGGGAAGUGAAUUUACCAGCUGAAGAGGUGCCACCAGAGCUUCCCGAACCUGUGUUGGGUAUUAACUUUGUUAGAGAUGGAAUGCAAGAGAAUGAUUGGCUAUCUUUAGUAUCGGCUCAUAGUGAUGCAUGGUUGUUGUCGAUUGCAUACUAUUUUGGUGCUAGAUUUGGAUUUGACAAAUCUGAUAGCACCCAGAGUUGUCAUCUCAAGCAUAUACUCCACAUGUUGCAACUCGAUGUAGUAACAGAAACAUCAACAGCAGCAUGGUCAACCUCCAUAUCAAUUGGCUGUUCAGGUUCCUGCGUCUCCACUUGAUCAUUCUUCUUCUUUGAGUUGGAUCUCGAUUUUUUCAGCAGCAAAUGUGUCAUCUCACGCAUAUAUUUCAAGUGUUGUACGUAAUUCUCUUUCUUCUUCACUUGUAACACUUGUAAGUGCGUGACGAUAUUUUCUAAUUACUAUUAUUCUAGAUA